AUGCCCAUCCUAAUGGAAAGAAUAAGAUUCCAAUUCUACCAUAAAACCGCCCCGGCGAUCGUUAAAUCCACCCGCACUUCCGAAUCCGACGACGCACGUCCAUCUAGAUCAACACCGAAAGACAAUCACCACCAGCAACUGGCACUCGUGGUCGCCCGGCCUCCAAUCGACCAAUGCUUCGCCCCGACCUUGACGGCGAACGCUCUGGAUACACAGCUGAAAGAGGUCUUCUCGGAUGUCGUCUACGCCACCUUCCCGAACUUGUACGCCGCGUUUUCUGCCCGCGUCGAUCUCACCUGGGUCGACUUUGUCCGACAUCAUUCUGCCACGCAGCCGAGCGCAGUUAAUUGGGGGAUCCGCUGUCUGAACACCUGGUUUUUGGCGCGACGACAUCACGACCAUGACCAGCUUCAGGCGAGUCGACACAUGUAUAACAGGGCGUUGCGGUGUCUAGCCCAAUCUAUUCGAGAUCCCGCUCGGGUCAAAUCAGAUAGCACUCUGGCUGCAGCGAUAGCACUCGGCGUAUACGAGGUCCUGGAUGGGAUAGGGCCGAAUUCAUGGUUGGUGCAUUCGCGCGGAAUCGGGGCGUUGUUCCGGUUGCGUGGUCCGGACGCCCAUCGCUCAGGCUUCGGGCGUACCAUGUACACCACGUACCGCGCGUUUUUAGUAGCAGAGGCCUUCACUUGCCAGGAGCCAUGCUUUCUGGAAGGCGAGGAGUGGCGGACGAUGAAUCAGGAGGCGUUACGAGCGGAGGAACGCGACGGGAAGGGUAGCCAACUGAGCGAAAUCACGGAGAAGGCGUUCGGGGAGGUCUUACUCUGUCCGGGAUACCUGGUACGCACACGUGAGAUGAUUACUGGGAAAGCGUCCGAGUCGUCGAAUGAAUCCCUCGCCGCGGAGAUUCGUUGCAGCCGAGACCUCCUGCGGGUUUUGCAGCGACGACUGGCUGCGCUGUUGAACCUGCAGAUGAACAGUCAGGCAGUGCAGAAGAGAAAUCCUCUGGACGGCUCUAUCCCACAACAGUUUGUGCACACCAUUGCGCACAGUUCGUUGCGGGGUAUGGACUCGGCGUUGGCACUCCUUGACCAGCUUCUCGUGCUUCUUGCUGCUAGCAAAAAACAGAUGCUGGGUUCCGAGAAGAAUCCCCCUCAGAGUCCCUGGAACACGGUCACGUAUCGACCAGCUCCAGAGGAGGCAUUGCCCGUAAGUAAUGAGUGCACUAGCACGAACGAGGCGAAGUCCCUCGAUUGGCUUGAUCAGCUUGCAUUGUCCAUGGGGACUCUUGCGCUCAAGACAUGA